CGACCGGAAGCACUUCCUGUCCGGCACAUUGUCGCUACAUCUUCAACUUCUUUCACAUCACUUUCGCUGAAUAAUGGCCACGUUUUUCGGCGAGGUUGUGUCCGCUUUUUCUCGGGCUGUGGAGGAAGACGACGAAGAGGAGCUCGACGAGGACGAAGAAGACUCCCAAAUCCGCAGAGAACUCGAGGAAAAGAGGCAGGUUCACCUCAAUUGGAAUCCCGCAGUGUGUGAUGCCUUGAAGACCGGAGACAAGCUGACCUGCUCUCAUUUCAUCCUUGCUGUGGGACACAACGCUUCCAGGUUUUUGUCGGUGUACGUUCUCGCCUCGGAAAAGUGGGACGCGGUGGGACGUGCUUCCGUGUGGAAUGAGAAGAACCGGCCAGGAAGCGGUGAGCAGUCGUGUGUCUUCUAUCGACACAGGGACGAGCCGUCGGUUCUUAUCUGCCAAUUGACGUGCUACGUUGCUGAAGAUCAGCAGUUCCAGUGGGCAGAAAAGGUGUUGGACUGCCUGGAGCACAGAGAAUUGCACGUGGCAGUGCUGUCGGACAGCUCCGUGGCAGACUACAAGAGUGCCGAGUACCUCGGCGGCAACUCGGCUCCCUUUCUCCGCUCCCUCCACACGACCACCUUCAACGGGCCGCCCGUGUGCCCGGCCUUAGAGCAGCCUAACAUUCUCACUGGACUGCCAGCUGCAGUGUUGAACCACUGCCAAGUCCACCGCAUCCCCGCCGUCGUCUACCAGUGCUUCACUGAUGUCAUCGGCACCGACUCGGUCAGCAUGGAAACCUACAAACCGGCGCUUGUCAACCUUGGACCGUCCAUAAAGUUGGAUCAUUGUCCAAGCUCAGAUGCCCUCCAAAAGAUUGUCAGAACCAGAGACCCCCAGAGUAAUCUUUACAUCUGAAACUUUGUAUGUGCUAAAUAUUGGGCUUUUUUUUUUUUUUUUUUAAAUCGUAAAAUAAAUGUGAA